AUGGCGCGCUCUCGGAAACUGCAGCGCAUGUCCAGCGCAUCCAGUUCGAGCAGCUCCUCCACUUCGCCCGAGCGCGGUGCCGACGACGACAAUGAUUCCUUCAUGUCCCAGGCCAACGACUCGCAAUCCUCACUCGGCGUGGAAAUGUCGCCAGAGCUCUCACAAACUGAAGCCAUGCGGAGACAAUACGAAGAGCGCUGCCGCAUAUCACCCGUGCACAGGCUGCCCGCCGAGUUACUCAUAAGCAUCUUCUCGCGCCUCACAUCACCGCGCGAUCUGCAAAAUUGCAUGCUGGUCUCGAAAGAAUGGGCCAAGAACAGCGUGGGCCUGCUAUGGCACCGUCCGGCCAUGAGCAAGUGGGAGAGCAUACACAUCGUCAUUCAAUCCAUACGCAAAGGCAACAAAUUCUUCGCAUAUCAGGACCUAGUGAAGCGGCUGAAUAUGUCCACCUUAGGCGCACAAGUCAGCGACGGCGUACUAGAAGGCAUGCGCGACUGCAAGCGGAUAGAACGUCUGACCUUGACCAACUGUUCGAAGCUGACAGAUCAGAGCCUGGAGCCGCUUGUGAACGGCAACCGCGCUCUUCUCGCCCUAGACGUGACUGGUCUCGACCAAGUGACGGAUCGCACCAUGAUGACCGUGGCCGACAACUGUCUGCGACUGCAAGGUCUUAACGUGACCGGCUGCCGAAAGCUCACCGACGCAUCCAUGGUGGCUAUUGCCAGGAAUUGUCGGCAUUUGAAACGCCUGAAGUUCAACAACUGCAAUCAGCUUACCGACACGUCCAUCCUUACCAUCGCUAAUAGUAGCACUCAUCUGCUAGAGAUCGAUCUCUAUGGCCUGCAGAAUUUGGAGAGCCAAUCCGUCACGGCUUUAAUGUCGCAAUGCCUUCAUUUACGGGAGAUGCGCCUCGCUCACUGCAGCCGUAUAAAUGAUUCAGCAUUUCUCGACAUUCCUAAUGAUCCUGAGAUGCCCAUGAUCUUUGAUUCCCUUCGCAUCCUUGACCUCACAGACUGCGGCGAACUGGGUGAUAAAGGUGUCGAGAAGAUCAUCGAGAUGUGCCCGAGACUGCGCAACCUCAUAUUGGCGAAGUGCAGGCAGAUUUCCGACCGAGCAGUCUUAGCCAUCACCAAACUCGGCAAGAACUUACACUACAUUCAUCUUGGACAUUGCGCCAGGAUUACCGACUACUCGGUCGAGGCCCUCGCCAAAGCUUGUAAUCGUAUAAGAUACAUCGAUCUUGCAUGCUGCAGCAAUCUUACAGACAACAGUAUCACGAAGCUCGCGAAUCUUCCCAAGCUGAAACGCAUCGGGCUGGUGAAGUGUGCCGGGAUCACAGAUCAGAGCAUUUACCACUUGGCAAUGGGCGAGUUCAAGAAUGGCGUACAAGCCUUUCUUCGAGAUGAGCUACUAGCAUUCUGCAGAGAAGCUCCGCAAGAAUUCAACGAACACCAGCGAGACGUGUUCUGCGUCUUCUCCGGCACCGGCGUAUCGCGACUUCGAGAAUUCCUCAAU